AUGGCAUCCAAUAGACUUCUUACUGGCGCCUCCGUUCGGAAAGCAUCUCGCAAUGGCUCCCACAAGACCACCACUGCUGGACUCGCACCCUCAUAUCUUCAAGCAAAUCUCAUCAUUCUUCCUUCACGUUAUGCAACCGACUUCCGUCUCCUCUGCGCGCGGAACCCAGUCCCUUGUCCACUUCUCGCUGAAUCAAAGACGAGCGGUAGCUGGGAUGCCGUCAAAUCAUGGGUUGACGGUCUUUCUGGUGAUGAGAUCAUCUCGAGAUUCGACAUCAGACGAGACGCUCCCAAGUAUAUGGUCUACCGCGACAGCAAGCUCGUCAGAUUCCAAUGUGAUGACAUUCUCAACGAGUGGUCUGAGGAUCACGUUGCCUUCUUCAUUGGGUGCUCUUUCAGUUUCGAAUCGGCUCUUGCAGAUGCCGAGUUGCCACCAAGACACUCAGUCCUUCGCCGCAAUGUACCAAUGUACAGAACGAAGAUAUCACUCUGUCCCGCUGGCGUCUUCACUUCAGGGACUUAUGUGGUAUCGAUGAGACCAUAUCGAAGGUCUGAGAUUGAGGCAGUGAGAAAUAUUACCAGGCCGUUUACGGCUACGCAUGGAGAGCCGCUUGCAUGGGGAUGGGAUGCGAUCCAACAACUGGGAAUCACGGACAUCGACCAACCAGAAUGGGGCGACACACCAUUGACGCUUGACGGACGGCCGCUAGGUCAUAGUGAAGGGAAUGAGGAAGAAAUUCCUGUCUUUUGGGGAUGCGGUGUGACUCCACAGGAGGCUGUAAUGAGAGCGGGUCUGCAGGGUACCAUAAUGGCUCAUGCGCCGGGACACAUGCUCGUCCUAGACUGUCGGGACUGGGACAUAAUGGAGAAGCCAGCAGAGGGGAUGGAAGAAGCAGAGGAACGUAUGUAA